ACGCCGAACGCCAUCCUCAAGUCAGAGUCAGACACCAAGACUUUAACUGUACACACAGGAGCUGACCACAUAUCAAACCCAGAGAGACGCGGGUUUGGGAGACUGUGCUGUCAUCCAACUGCCGGUUCAGAGUAUUUACCGGUAUUUCACCAGAGGACGGUUCAUUCCUGUGGGGAUGGUGACGCGUUCGACACUAGCGGUGAUGAUCCAUCUUGUUCUUACACCACAGAGAUGGACCCUAUCAACAUAUCCUUGGGUUUAGAGACACAGACUGAUCUGUCUAGAGGGGACUGGAACCGGUACAGUAGUAGUGUGUACUCUGAAGGGUGCCUAGAUAAGAAAGGGGAGGGUCUGAUUGUAGAUGAAGUGACUGUGAAAGUGGAGGGUGACGUUCCUCCUACACGGAAUGCAGAUAGUCACCUAGGGGACGGAAACUCACAGGGCAGAGAUUUAUUUGAUUACAGGAGAAACUUACAGACAAAUCUAAAUGUUGCCACCCACUCCCUUUUACACACGUUCAAGGAUCGCGACCCAGAGUCCACUUCGAUGGGGCCUUCUGAUUCACAUAGCCUCGUCCUUUUCGAUCAGGUAUUGAACUCAAACGACACGACUAGAGCCCAGGUUCAGGGAGGGGGAGCCACAUCAGGCAAUAGUAAAGAGAAGAGGUUCCUCUGCAUGUUCUGUAACAAAGGCUUCAGCUGCCCCCAGAAGGUGGAGAUCCACCGGAGGGUCCACACAGGGGAGAAACCGUUCAGCUGUCCCCAGUGUCACAUGCGCUUCGCCCAGGCCUGCAGCCUGAAGAGGCACCAGAGGGUCCACACAGGGGAGAAACCCUACAGUUGCCCCCAGUGUGAGAAGAGGUUCUCUCGCCAGCACCAGCUGAAGACGCACCUGAAGGUCCACACAGGAGAAAGGCCGUUUGCCUGUACGCACUGCGGGAAGCGGUUCUCCGAGAGGAGCUACCUCAGGAUACACCAGCAGAAAAAACAUUCCACUCUAUAACAUGAAAAGUAACCAUUCCACUCGAUAGCUUCUGAUGUUUAGAUGAAACCCUGCAUUAAAGAGAAAUAUUCAUUUAUUGUCAGCAGAAAAGACCCACGGACUCAUUUGGUAUAACGAGAGUUACAGAUUUCAGUGUUGAAUAUUCCUCAGUAGAAUAUUGCAUCCAGACAUUGUGUGAUAUAUAAUGCAUAUACAGUGGGGCAAAAAAUAAUUUUGUCAGCCACCAAUUGUGCAUGUUCUCCCACUUAAAAAGAUGAGGCC